CAGAGCGAGUGAGGAUGGAGAGAGAGAAACACUUUGAGAAAGAGGAGGCUGAACGAAUGGAGAGGAAGAAGCGUCUGGAGGACAUUAUGAAGAGGACUCGUCACUCUGACCUCGUGGAGAAGAAAGCCACACCUCGCAAGAAUGGAGCUGACCCAGCGUCUGUUCCCUCAGUGAGUGUGUCAGGGUCAGGGACCGAGCACAGUGACAGCAACGGUCAUGGAGCCCCCAACCUUGACCCCAGCUCUAACCCCAGCACAGCACUGCUGCCCCCUGCUGACGAGAGGUUGUUUGAAGAGGUGAUAGUUCUCCCUGCAGACUCCAGACUUCCUCCUCCUGGUGAAGAAGAGGAGCAGCUCCCUAUCAUUGCGUUCCAGGAGAACGGUAUCGUCAUGCCUCUGAUUGGAGGAGUGGUCGACACCCCGAUACAACACACAGCAGGUCAUUCGUCCUGAUCUCCCUCUGCCUUCCA